AUGGCGCUUCCACACACAGUCUCUUCACCGUCUUCGUUAUCUCCAACUCCUUCCUUCAAAUCCAAGCCACCGUUUCACUCUUCCUUCAACCCUAGAUCACCAUCUCCUCACCGGCGAUGUAAGCUCACCUCCUUCCGAUGUUCUUCAUCUUCUUCCUCCGAGAAGCACCACCACAACACAAACCCUCCUAAAAGAUCCGACGACAUCGUCGAGCUUCCUCUCUUCCCACUCCCACUCGUCCUCUUCCCCGGCGCGAUCCUCCCUCUCCAGAUCUUCGAGUUCCGCUACCGAAUCAUGAUGCACACGCUCCUCCAAUCCGACCUCCGAUUCGGCGUCGUUUACUCCGACGGAUCCGCAGCCGAAGUCGGAUGCGUCGGAGAAGUCGUGAAACACGAGCGUCUCGUCGACGACAGGUUCUUCUUGAUAUGCAAAGGACAAGAACGGUUUCGCGUCACGAACGUCGUCCGGACCAAGCCUUACCUCGUCGCGGAGGUGACGUGGCUUGAGGAUCGUCCGUCGGGUGAAGAGAAUCUUGACGCGUUGGCUAACGAGGUUGAGGUUCUGAUGAAGGAAGUGAUUCGGUUGUCGAAUAGGUUGAAUGGGAAGGCGGAGAAGGAAGUGCAGGAUCUGAGGAGGAAUCAGUUUCCGACGCCGUUUUCGUUUUUCGUGGGGAGUACGUUUGAAGGAGCGCCGAGAGAGCAGCAGGUGUUGCUUGAGCUGGAGGAUACAGCGGCGAGGUUGAAGAGGGAGAGAGAGACGUUGAGGAAUACGCUUAAUUACUUGACUGCUGCUUCUGCUGUCAAAGAUGUCUUUCCAUCAUCGUCUUAG